CCAGCAAUUUCUCGAAAAUUUAGAGCCCCUUGUUGACGAUGAUGCAGGGCGCGCUGUGGGUCGGACGCAGCUCUCCACAUUCGCAUUCCACUGGAGUCGUCUUCUGCAUUUCACGAUGAUCAUCGCUUACAGCUGAUCCGGCACCACAGAAAUCGCAGUGUGGCGGAGCAGAGCAGAGCAGAGCUGCUCAUUCAAUCGCCCCCUCCCUCUUUGCUGCAUUGUUCGCGGAUUUGUUGUUGUUGUUGUUGUUGGGGGUUGGGCUAUGGCAAUCUGCGUGGCUCCCUUCCGGUCCCUCUCCUCUCCUCUGUUGCGUUCAUCCGCAGCUGCACCUCCCUGCACUGCCAAGAGCGUUGUCUUUGGCUGCCCGUCCCUGCGGAAUCUCGUCAAACAGCAGCUCACGUCGCGACCAAUGGUCAGCUCGUCCGGAGGACGCAUGAAUUGCUCCGCUCAAGUUGAGACUGAAGCCACUGCCUCGGCUCCCUUCUUGACGGACCAUGCUAAGCUAAUUGACAGUGUGGAGACAUUCAUCUUCGAUUGCGAUGGCGUUAUAUGGAAGGGAGACUCUCUCAUUGAGGGAGUGCCGGAGACACUCGACAUGUUGCGGUCAAUGGGUAAGCGCUUGGUGUUUGUGACUAACAACUCCACGAAGUCAAGGAAGCAGUACGGGAAAAAGUUCGAGAGCCUUGGACUAAGCGUUUCUGAGGAGGAAAUUUUCGCGUCAUCUUUUGCUGCGGCCGCGUAUUUGAAAUCUAUCAAGUUUCCUUCAGACAAGAAGGUGUAUAUUAUUGGUGAAGCUGGUAUUCAGUUGGAGCUCAAACAAGCAGGCAUCAAUUACAUUGGAGGACCUGAAGAUGGAGACAAAAGAAUAGACCUAGCACCCGGUCAACUUAUGGAGCACGACCAUGAUGUCGGAGCUGUAGUGGUGGGCUUCGACCGGUACCUCAACUACUACAAGCUUCAGUACGCAACUCUAUGCAUUCGUGAAAACCCUGGUUGCAUGUUCAUUGCAACCAACUGCGACGCUGUGACUCAUUUAACUGAUGCACAAGAAUGGGCAGGAGGUGGUUCGAUGGUUGGUGCUAUCAAAGGAUCGACAAAGAAGGAACCACUUGUGGUUGGCAAACCCUCCACUUUCAUGAUGGACUACCUUGCAUCGGAGUUCAACAUUAAGACUUCGCAGAUCUGCAUGGUGGGAGACCGUUUGGAUACCGACAUUCUUUUCGGUCAAAAUGGGGGCUGCGCAACUUUGUUGGUACUAUCAGGUGUUACCACGUUGGAGACAUUGCAAAGCCCUGAAAACAAAAUCCAGCCCGAUUUUUAUACAACCAAAAUCUCGGACCUCCUGGCCGCUAAGAAAGUGGCAAGCGCUUGAGGGAACUGUGACUAUAAACGUUCUUGGCCGGUAUUCUUCAGGCUGGUGAAAUUCUUUUAGUAAGGCAAAAGAUUCAUAUAUCAACUCGAAUGUAUUGAGAUGUCACUUAGUACUUCAAGUAGUUUGUAUUCUACAUUUGAUCGUUUCGUAGUAACCCGAAACAUGUGCCAAAUUCGACGUAGCAAUUCCACUGCAUACGGAUCUAGGAAACCUAGUCGCUGAUGUUUUUCUCCUCUCUGGUCUAGGUUCUGCAGACCGUAGAGCAUAUUAUUCCGAUGUUGUUCGCCUAUCAAAACAAACAUUGUGUGUACAUUGUGAAUUGCUGCAAGCAAUUAGUUAUUCUAUUGCUGAUUCUACACAA